CUCGGCCUCCCGCGCGGGUCCCGGGGGCUCUGCCGGCCGUCUCGGACGCGGACGGCGGGGGCGGCGCUCCCCCGCCCAGAGCCGGAUAAGAACUUCACUUUUCUGUUGAUGUGGAGACAUAGGGAUCCCUCCAUCUUUCCAGUGUUUCAGAAGGGAAUCCUUUAUUGAAACUGGAAGACCAGAAGGAUUACAAACAUGUUGUGCUGGGGAAAUGCAUCUUUUGGACAACUAGGUUUGGGUGGAAUUGACGAUGAAAUUGUACUAGAGCCCAGGAAAAGUGACUUUUUUAUAAAUAAAAAGGUCCGAGAUGUAGGAUGCGGACUGAGACACACGGUGUUUGUUCUGGAUGAUGGAACAGUAUACACUUGUGGAUGUAAUGAUCUAGGACAACUAGGGCAUGAAAAGUCCAGAAAGAAACCAGAGCAGGUUGUUGCCCUGGAUGCUCAAAAUAUCGUAGCUGUUUCAUGUGGAGAAGCUCACACAUUAGCACUAAAUGACAAGGGCCAGGUGUAUGCUUGGGGUCUCGAUUCUGAUGGACAACUUGGCCUGCUAGGAUCAGAGGAAUGUAUCAGAGUACCAAGGAAUAUAAAAAGUUUGUCCGAUAUUCAGAUAGUACAAGUUGCAUGUGGCUACUAUCAUUCACUUGCACUUUCUAAAGCGAGUGAAGUCUACUGCUGGGGACAGAAUAAAUAUGGCCAGUUGGGUUUAGGCAUUGACUGUAUAAAGCAGACUUCGCCACAGCUGAUCAAAUCCUUACUUGGAAUCCCUUUCAUGCAAGUUGCAGCAGGAGGAGCCCAUAGUUUUGUACUCACACUUUCUGGAGCUAUCUUUGGAUGGGGACGCAACAAGUUUGGUCAGCUUGGACUUAAUGAUGAAAAUGAUAGAUAUGUUCCUAACUUACUGAAGUCAUUAAGAACUCAGAAAAUAGUUUAUAUUUGUUGUGGAGAAGACCAUACUGCUGCACUUACCAAGGAAGGUGGUGUGUUUACUUUUGGAGCUGGAGGGUAUGGUCAGUUGGGUCAUAACUCUACUAGUCAUGAAAUAAAUCCCAGGAAAGUUUUUGAACUUAUGGGAAGCAUUGUCACUCAGAUUGCUUGUGGAAGGCAGCACACUUCUGCUUUUGUUCCUUCAUCAGGACGAAUUUAUUCUUUUGGACUAGGUGGUAAUGGGCAGCUAGGAACUGGUUCAACAAGCAACCGGAAAAGUCCUUUCACUGUAAAAGGAAAUUGGUUCCCGUAUAAUGGGCAGUAUGUGCCAGGUAUUGAUCUUGAAGAACAUUUCUGUGUGAAAAGAAUUUUUUCAGGUGGAGAUCAAAGCUUUUCACAUUACUCUAAUCCCCAGAACUGUGGACCACCAGAUGACUUUAGAUGUCCUGAUCCUUCAAAGCAAAUCUGGACUGUGAAUGAAGCUCUAAUUCAAAAAUGGCUGAGCUACCCCUCUGGCAGGGUUCCUGUGGAGAUAGCCAAUGAAAUAGAUGGGACGUUUUCUUCUUCUGGCUGCCUAAAUGGAAGUUUUUUAGCUAUUAGUAAUGAUGAUCAUUAUAGGACAGGAACCAGAUUUUCAGGAGUUGAUAUGAAUGCUGCUAGACUUUUAUUUCACAAACUUAUACAGCCUGAUCAUCCUCAGAUAUCUCAACAGGUGGCAGCUAGUUUGGAAAAGAAUCUUAUUCCUAAACUGACUAGCUCCUUACCUGAUGUUGAAGCACUGAGGUUUUAUCUUACUCUACCAGAAUGUCCCCUGAUGAGUGAUUCCAACAAUUUCACAACAAUAGCAAUUCCCUUUGGUACAGCUCUUGUGAAUCUAGAAAAAGCACCACUGAAAGUACUUGAAAACUGGUGGUCAGUACUUGAACCUCCACUAUUCCUCAAGAUAGUAGAACUUUUUAAGGAAGUUGUGGUACAUCUUUUGAAACUCUACAAGAUCGGCAUUCCCCCUUCUGAAAGAAGAAUUUUCAACAGUUUUCUUCAUACUGCAUUAAAGGUUUUAGAAAUAUUGCAUAGGGUAAAUGAAAGAACGGGACAGAUUAUACAGUAUGACAAAUUUUAUAUACAUGAAGUACAAGAGUUGAUAGACAUAAGGAAUGAUUAUAUCAACUGGGUCCAACAACAGGCUUAUGGAAUGGAUGUCAACCAUGGAUUAACUGAGUUGGCAGAUGUCCCUGUUACAAUUUGCACAUAUCCAUUUGUAUUUGAUGCCCAAGCAAAAACUACCCUGUUACAAACAGACGCAGUCUUACAAAUGCAGAUGGCUAUUGACCAGGCCCACAGACAGAAUGUCUCCUCUCUUUUUCUCCCAGUGAUUGAAUCUGUGAAUCCCUGCCUGAUUCUAGUAGUGCGUAGAGAGAAUAUUGUAGGGGACGCAAUGGAAGUCCUUAGGAAAACCAAGAAUAUAGACUACAAAAAGCCUCUCAAGGUUAUAUUUGUUGGAGAAGAUGCUGUUGAUGCAGGAGGAGUGCGCAAAGAAUUUUUCUUGCUCAUCAUGAGGGAAUUACUAGAUCCUAAAUAUGGCAUGUUUAGGUAUUAUGAAGAUUCCAGGCUCAUUUGGUUUUCUGAUAAGACAUUUGAAGACAGUGAUUUGUUCCAUCUAAUUGGUGUUAUCUGUGGGUUAGCAAUUUAUAACUUUACUAUCGUGGACCUUCACUUUCCUUUGGCGUUAUAUAAAAAAUUGCUGAAAAAGAAGCCAUCCCUGGAUGACUUGAAAGAACUAGUGCCUGAUAUUGGGAGAAGCUUGCAGCAGUUACUAGAUUAUCCAGAAGAUGAUAUAGAGGAAACAUUUUGUCUUAAUUUUACGAUCACAGUGGAAAACUUUGGUGCGACAGAAGUGAAGGAGCUGGUUCCCAAUGGUGCAGACACGGCCGUUAACAAACAGAAUCGGCAGGAGUUUGUUGAUGCUUAUGUGGAUUACAUAUUCAACAAAUCAGUGGCUUCCUUGUUUGAUGCUUUCCAUGCGGGCUUUCAUAAGGUUUGUGGAGGAAAAGUGCUUCAGCUCUUCCAGCCUAACGAGCUACAAGCAAUGGUUAUUGGAAAUACAAAUUACGAUUGGAAGGAAUUGGAAAAGAAUACAGAAUAUAAAGGGGAAUAUUGGGCAGAGCAUCCUACAAUAAAAAUUUUUUGGGAAGUAUUUCAUGAAUUACCAUUGGAAAAGAAAAAACAGUUUCUGUUAUUUUUAACAGGUAGCGAUCGCAUUCCUAUCCUUGGCAUGAAGAGCUUGAAACUAGUCAUCCAGUCAACAGGAGGCGGUGAGGAAUACCUUCCUGUUUCCCAUACCUGUUUUAAUCUUCUGGAUCUUCCAAAAUACUCAGAAAAAGAAACUCUACGAUCUAAACUGAUCCAAGCUAUAGAUCACAAUGAAGGCUUCAGUUUAAUAUAACUUUGGAGUUACAACAUUCAGUUGACUGCAGAAGCAUUAAACUAAUUAUUUGUGUUUUUCUUGUGGUGAUGAAUUCAGCAAGGUGACAAAAGGUACCAGUAUCAUUCUUACUUGCAAAAUGUUCAAUACUCAGAAUAUUCAUGAAAGCCAAAUAUUAAAGGAAAAUGAAUGAACAGACUGUGUUAAUAUUAAACUUAUUGUACAGAACCAUGAAAUUUUUUUUGCCAUCUUCCAAUAAACACACGUAUUGUGAAUACAUUGAAGUUUUACUAACAUGAAUUUUAAGGGUUUGCAUAUUUCACAAGUGAUCUGGUAAGUGCAUGGAACCGUUGCUUAAUUUUUUUCUUCAAUCACUGGGUAAAAAGUCUUUAACUUUGACCUGCAAUAGUCAUUUGAUUAUUUUUUCAUUUUGUAAAUAAUGUUAAGUUUUGUAAUAAAAUAGUUAUGUUCUGAUACCAGUAGUGUUUCUAUGGUUGUAAUUGAAUUGAGCUGACCAUAAUUAUAAGGGUUAAAAUUAUGAUUUAAAUCUUAUACUAUAAGAACCUAUAAAAGUAAAAAAUUAGCAUGAUGAAAAUGUCUUUUGCUUUCUUGCUAGAAUCAGUGUUCUCAUGCAAACCUAAAUAACUUCACAGUUCUUUCUCCUCUUUGUGAAUCUUGAGAUGCUACUGAUAAAUGGGAUGUUAUCAGAAAGCUUAAUACUUCGUAAUGGGAGGACUUUGCUCUACAAUUGCCAGGGAUAAACAUUGACUUUUAAGAGAACCAGUCACUGGAUUUUAGCUUUCAAAACUAUUCAUGCCACAGGUUGGGACUUAAUCAGAAUUUUCAGUGCUGUAGAAUUAUUUCCUUGAAUUUUAAAAAAAAUCUAAUGGUGCUGAUGCUUAGUUAUCUUGUGUCAUUAAAUUGUAAAAGUGAAGUUGAUGCAACACCUGUGACUCUAUGCUAUAAUGCAAAUAUUUAUUUUUUAAAUUUAUUUUAAAAAUGCCGUGAAAACUGUUUAAUAAAGAUUAUUGGUUUAAUAA